CAUCUCAUUCGAAAUUUACUCGCGUUCGGCUUCCUAUGUAACGGUCGCACGCUGCUCCGUUCAUCUCGCGCCGCGUAUAUUUUUCAUAUUACGUUCUUCCGGCAGAUUUUUAUAUUCGGCCAAAUUUUUUUUUGCCCAUAGUUUAAUACGUGUGGUUUUCGGUUUUCAAUUUUUUUUCCUUUUUACCAAUUUCGCCUAUUUCUUUGCGGUUUUCUACCCUUCCGUUCGGCUUGAUACGUAUUUUAUUUUUUAAAUAUUUCGCUAUUUUUCAAGUUCGCAAAAUACCUAAUCUAUAUACAUCGUUGGUUCGCGUACGCGUGUUUUUUUCUAUCGCUUUCGCUCUCUAUUUGGCUGCGGUUUUUUCCUCUCGUUUUGUCGAUAUGUCCAGUGAGAGUUCGCGCGCGUAUAAUUCGAAGGUGACGCGAGUUUUACACAUCAAUUAUUAAAUUCUAUAUAGCAUGGCCCAGCGUUAAAAAUGAAAUGUGAUGUUAGGUAAUAGAAAAAAGAGAAGAAGAAGAAGAAGAAAACGAAGAAAUCGGGAGGAGGUGGAGGGACAAAACACAGCGAUAAAUAUAUAAUGAAGGUUGCAUGGGAGAUGACAAAUACAACUAUCACUCCCUUCGACGUGGAAAAUUUUACGCCAUUUUUUAAUAUCUCAUUCUUCGAUAACUCGACCAACUCGACGUCAUUUCCAUCGAGCGGAACUCAUGCCAGCAGAUUCAGUGUCACUCAGAUGGUAAUAAUAGCCAUACUGUCUGGUUCGCUGAGUGUGAUAACCGUCGCUGGUAACAUUAUGGUCAUGGUGUCUUUCAAAAUAGACAAACAACUGCAGACCAUCAGCAACUACUUUCUGUUCAGUUUAGCGGUGGCUGACGUCACCGUCGGUUUAAUCUCAAUGCCCCUGUUUACCGUUUACACCAUCAUGGGGUAUUGGCCGCUGGGAGCUCAUCUGUGUGACGCUUGGUUGGCGCUCGAUUACCUCGCCAGCAAUGCUUCUGUGCUCAAUCUGCUGAUAAUCAGUUUCGAUAGGUAUUUUUCGGUCACUCGUCCGUUGACUUACAGAGCUAAGCGAUCGCCAGUCAAAGCUGGAUUUAUGAUAAUAUGUGCCUGGGGUAUCUCGUUGCUGUUAUGGCCGCCGUGGAUUUACGCUUGGCCGCACAUAGAAGGCAAAAGAACAGUACCAGACGACGAUUGCUACAUCCAGUUUAUACAAACGAACCAAUAUAUCACUUUCGGCACCGCUAUUGCCGCUUUUUAUGUACCAGUAACUGUGAUGUGCGUGUUGUAUUGGCGAAUAUGGAAGGAGACGGAGAAACGACAAAAAGAUCUGCCUAAUUUGCAAGGAGGCAAACAAGACAACAGCAAGAGAUCGACUUCAAGGUGUGAAGAGCAAACGGCGGUAGCCGAACUGGACGGAUGGGCCAGAGUGAGAUCAUCGUCGAAUACAAUAUCCGCAGAUUGUGAAGUAAUGGAUACUUCAUUCUCUUCAAAAGGGUUCAAUACGCACCAAUUCAAUCGGCCUAGACCGAAAAUAGGCCCAAAAGCCAGACCAUUUACGUGGACUUGGUUACGAGAAUCGUGCGUAGCGUGGUGGCAUUCGGGUAACGAAGACUACGAACUAGAGGACUACUGGGACGACACGAAUAGCGAAGUCGGUGUCGGUACACCUCUCUCGGGAGAGACUCCUUUACAAUCCAGUGUGUCUAGAUGUACGUCUUUAAAUGUGAUCAAAGAGCCAUCUACCAUGAACCCGCAAUCCAGGGUACAAGACUCGCGUAGUAUAGCUCAAACGAAUAGAUUAGUAUCGUCGAGAUCGGUAUCUAGUGAUUCUGUAUAUACCAUAUUAAUCAGACUGCCAGCAUCAGACUGCGAAGGUACCGGUGGCGAAGGUCCCUCGAUAAAAAUGAUCCCGGAGCAUUUUUCUAAAACCGCUCCGGCCUCGUUGAUCAGCAGAGGGCGUUCGGAGUUCGCCAACACCACCGCCGGUCAACCAAUCACCAGGAGGCCUUCUAAUAUAGCCGAUAUCAGAAUGCCUCUGAAUCCUAAAGUAAUCUCCAAACAGAUGGUGACCGGUUCCAAGUCCAUUCUGCCGAUAAAACCGAAACCGCUGAAGAAGAAGAAAAAACCAGUCGAAAAGAAGGCCGACAAAAAAGCCGCCAAAACGUUGUCCGCCAUACUGUUAGCAUUUAUUUUAACCUGGACUCCGUAUAAUAUUUUAGUAUUAUUAAAACCGUUGACUGCCUUUCCCGAUUACGUUUCUAAAGGUUUGUGGGAUUUUUUCUAUUAUUUGUGUUAUAUUAAUAGUACAAUUAAUCCUGUUUGUUACGCUUUAUGUAAUGCAUCGUUUAGACGAACUUACGUUCGGAUACUAAGUUGUAAAUGGAAAAAGAAACAUAGGAUAGCUAUAAAUAGAGGAUUUUAUAAUUGAUGCGCUUAUCAUAGGCUAAUAGUUUCGUUUAUUUUUUCCCCCAUUUUUUUUUAUUUUUUAUUUUUCUUAUCGAAAGAAUCAUUCUACUAUUAUAAAUUGUUCGGAUUUCGUGCAUUUUUUUCGUUUCAUCGACGAGUUCAUCGAAUGCGAAUCGCGAUCUUUAAGACCAUAAAUUUAUGGAUCAAGGUCUAAUACGCUAAAAGCGGCGACAAUCUGUGCCUUUCAGCUUUCAUUUCAAUAUUUAUUGGGUUUUCAAAAGGGAUCAUAUUUGAAUUGCCUACCUCACUCCCCCAUCCCCCAUUUUGAUUUACGUUAAUCCUUGGCCAAAAAAAAUCAAAAAAGAAGGACAGGCAAUAAUUUUAAUGCAUAUUCUGUAGCCUGAGAAAAUGACACUCUUUCUCCAAGUACUCAUAAUAUUUAAUAUUUUUAAUAACAUCCCAGGGAAAAAUCAUGAGAUCUGGACAUUCCAUGGAUCAACAAGUCAACGUUUUGAUUGAGUUAAAUCGGUUCAGACCUGAUCAGAUCCAACAGAGGAGCCUUAUUGGAUCUGAACAGAUUUGAAUAAGUACAUCUGAUCAGAUUCAGGCGGAUUCAAUCUUCUGAUCACAUGAGAUUACAUUUGUUCAGCCCUGAUCAGAUCCAAAUCAUUAUUGGUUCAUAGUUCAUCUGAACUCGAAUUUCGAAGUAUCCCUCACAUUCCCACCCUUUUUGUUCAUUUUCAUUGAAAAAAGGACAAAAUUGUCAUUUUAUUACAUGGUUAUGUAGUUAAGGUCAAAUUAUGCCAGAGAGUUCUCAACCUCUAUAAAAGUGGCAAAAUUUACUAACAUGAAAAACUUGACCAUUGUUUAUUAUUCGCUGAAGGGAGCUGUUCUUUAAAGAACACCCUAUUCAAUUUCUUAAAAGAGAAAUUACGUUAUGAGGUUAGGAUGAAAAAUCGCAAUUUUUGAAUUUUCAAUCAUUUGAUUUUUUGGAAAAUUGGGAAAUGGGUUUCAAAAAUCAUUUUCGCUCCACAUUUGAGAAGUGAAAUAACGUUUGUAAAAUUUUUUCUCGGAGCCCACAGCUUUGAGGAAAGGAUUACUGUAAUGCACUUACCUCAAAAUCAGAAGGAAAAUUUUUCAACCACGAACUGUCUUCCUUCAUUUUAUUCGCAAGGGAACCUUUUGAUCUGGUACCCUUUGAUUCGAACGAAACCAAGUUGAAUUGAAAGAGCAUGUCUCCAAGCCCCUGUAAUCAAAAUUUCAGCUCCCACAGUUCAUUUUUGAAUUUUCAGCGAAUUUUCGAAAAUUUAAAAAAUUCAAAAAAGCUGUUUUGAGGGCGAUUUUUAUUUUUUUUCGUGAUAUACGCACAAAUUUUUCUGAGUAAAGUGAACCAAUAGGAAUAAUUUAGUAAAUUCAACUCUCACACAUCAACGAGUACAAGUUUUGGACCAUUCUGGAGCCUCCAGUGAUUUUUCAAUUUUUUCCAGAAAUUUCAAAUCCCUCUGGAGAAUUCAAAAAUGAAAAUUAAGACCAACAAUAAUAUGGUUGGUGCUUAUUGGACACCCUUUCGACCGUUUUAGGCAGUUACUCCGGAAUUUCAGGAAUACCAAUGUAAAGGGUGAUUUUUUGACCAAUUUGUCAAUGCCAGAAAAUGUGAAAAAGAAAACAAAUCUUCAAAGACGAAAAAUUCACUUUUGAACCAGCAAUCCUGAAAUUUCACAUUAACCACUGAAAAUGAUCAAAAACGUGCCCAAUUAGUACAGAUUAAAGGUAUGGGUGCCUAAGUUCAUCUUUGACCCUUCCAAAGCAAUUUGAAAUUUCCGGAGAAAAUCAAAAUAUCGCUGAAGGCUUCAGAAUGACCCAAAAAAGUACCUAGUUGUUGAUGUAUGGAAGUUGAACUGAAGGAGUUAUUCACAUUGGGCUACUUUGCUCAAAAAAUUUACAUUUCAUAAGAAAGCUUCAAAAUCACCCUUGGAAUAGUUUUUUGAAUUUUUAAAAUUUUCAAAAAUUCGCUAGAAAUUCAAAAAUGAACUUUAGGGCUUGAAGUUUUGGUUACAGAGGGUUUGAAACAUGCUCUUUCGAUCAAGCCUGAAUUCAUUCAAAUCAAAUCAGAGAGUGCAAUUUCAAAAGCAUCUCUUGUCAGCAAUAUUGAGGGUCCCCUCCUUUUCUCUAGCAAUUCACUUAUCCAUAUAAUAUUUUCUAAGAAAAAAAUCUAAAGACGAAAAAGUACAUAGGUUGUACGUAUAAAUAAAUUCGCCAGUUAAAAAAACUGCCUUCGAUGUAUGUUGUUUUAGAGACCAAAAUAUGGACAAUAAAAAACGACCAAUGAGUAACAGUUAAACUUUCUGAAUAAGUACUAAUCCCAAAGCCUUGCACACUCACCACUAAGCCCUAAAGUAAUCAAAGAUGGAUACAUUCAGAGGCACAAAAACGCAUUCGAUGAACAAAAAAAUUAUUGUUUUAUGUGGAGCCUUAGAUGAACAGGCACUCUCAAAAUUUUACCAAGUUACCAAUUUUAUAAUAAUUUACCUACGUAAUUAUCACCGCAUGCAUUUCAAAAGGUAGUAAAAAAUCUACCAAAAUUAUAAUAUGAUCACGAAGAAACAAACAUACCUAGCUUUAGCAACACUUUGUUAAUCCGCUGGAAAAUCCAUACAGGGUCACUAUUACCUGUGAAAAAACAAAAUAAACCAAAUUCGAAAUAAAAUUCCAUAAACACAAUUUUUUUUUAUCAAUACAUCACCACCACCAAUAAGAGAAACAAGAAACCCCGCGAUUAAAAUAUUAGAUAACGCAGCAUUGCACAUCUGCUUUCGACCGCAAUCACUGAAGCACUGAGCCACGCGACGUAACGCCCCGCCCAACGAGCCCAAUACCCCCCACCAACACAUUGCGCAGCUCUUCAUUUCGAGUACCUACACAUACUCAGACAAUCAGAUACCUUCUACGAUCAUAUCUUUUGUAUGUAUUUGCGUACCUGCGCUAAAGCCGGUCAAAAUUUAUGCAAUGAUCGAGUAUUAAAAAUGUUUAUCCAUUUGGAAUAAAUAUUUAACGAGUUCUUUGUUGAGUACAUAACACCAUAUUAAUUGUGAUACUGUAGAUUUCACUAUAAUAGGAAGCAAAUUUCACGGAGAUUUGAGGUAACACUACAAAAUAAAAGGGAAAAGCUUGAUUAUAAAAUACCCACUCUCAUUUUAUACCUAUACGUUACAACGAAGGCUCGAAUGUUUCUUUUUUCAUUUACUCGAUUAUAAUCGCGUAUUAUAUUGGAAAUUUUUACGUGUUUUUAUAAUUUUAUAAUUAUUUUUCGGUAAUUUUAUUCGCUUUGCAACCAACCAAGGUUUCCUAUAUACAAUUAAACAGUGUUAAAAGUCUGAUUUUUAUUUUUAGAUAGCUUGGUAAUUUUAUUAUCUAAUGCAAAGCGUGUGGUUAACCCAAUUUAGCGAAUUUUUCUUAUUUUGUAUAAAAAUUUCUUUCAUCGUGUAAAUAGAUUGAAUUGAUUUUAUAUAAAGUAUACGGUUGUAAAUUUUUUAAACCUUUUUUUUACACAUGGAUUUUAUUGUUUUUAUUUUAAUGUUUUUUUUUCUUUUUUUCGUUUCGUUCGUUUGUGUUUUGAUUUUUUUUUAAAUUCGUUAUUUAACGUUAAUUUUCCCCGUUCGGUUUGGAAAAUAUUCACUCAAAGUGAAUAAUUUUCUGAAGACUCGACAUCACCAGUUUUAUACUAUACUUAUACCUACAAGCAAGAUAACACAAUCGUCAAUUAAAUCGCAUUCAAUGCGGUAAUCAUAGUGCUGACUAAACUAUAAAUUAAUCGGUUAGGUACUGAUAAUUUUAACGUGUUGCUUGUUAUCGAGCUGUCAAACAGCAAUAUUUUACUAAAACACCAACCAGCAGUUUAGUCAUCACUGCUCAAACGUACAAGUAUUUCCGUAAUAGUACAAUAAUAAUUGUUGCUUCGCCAGUAUACUUAAAAUUGGGGAUGUAAUCAAAUUUUAUUACUGAUUCCUGUGCAAUAAUUUACCAGAAUUUUGUUUGAAUUAUUCAGCAUGCAAAUAGAAUACCAGGAUAUUGACUAGAAAAUUCAAUUCCUCGUUUUAAAAAAAAGUUCCUAAUGGUUUGAAUAGGGUAUUCCUCUGAACAAAAAAACUAACUACCUACAUAAAUUGCAUCCCUGAAAAAUGUAAUCUCACAAUUUCCUAUAAAUAUUUAACUGAAACCUCAAUAACAGCGAUCUCCUAUAUCACGCUUGCUUCGUUAUAUUUGAUAAGUUGAAAAAAAAAAGAUUCCGACAUUGAAAUACAGAAUGUGUUUUAUUUUUUAUAUCACCGAAAAUCCUAUUCAAUUUUCCUUUAUAUUUUACUUUUUCGUUUUCAGUUUAUAUUGUGAUGCGUAAUUCUUUUUGUUUGUUAUUUUCAUAUAAUUUGUAUUCUAUUUUAUAUAAUUUAUUUUAUUUUUUAAAUCCUAAAAGUAUCAGGUAAUUUAGUAAUAAAAAACGGUUUCAUUUUGACUUUUUUUUUUCGUUUUUCGUUUUUUUUGUUUUUCUCGAUAUAUACUGUAUUUUUAAUUUUACCAAAUAAGUACCACUUUUGUGCCAUCAGGCCUAAAAUGAAAAUUUUAAAUACCAUUUAUUUUUUCCUGUUUUUAUAUUAUUUUUGCGUUGAAUGCGACGAUAAACCCCGUCGCGUAUGAGUGUAACUUUUUAAGAAAUAUAAUUUUUCAAAUAA